GGACGGCGCCGUGCUGGAGCUCGUCGGUGGCGGUGUCGCGCUGGACGCGGCUGUGUUCGGUGGCGACGUUGCGUUGUACGCGAGUGCGCGCGUGGUAGCGUCGGGGGGCGCUGUGCUGCGCGUGUCGGGGAGCCAGGUGUACGCCGCGCAUGGGUUUGUGUUUGACAGCGGGGUGGAGGCCAACGCGUCCGCCGUCGUAGUGAACGACAACGCCGGUGCGCUGACCGAUGGCGCGCUGCUGGAGCUGCGGGGGUCGGCGUCGUUUGCGUCCGGGUCGUGGCUGUCGGUGCGCGGCAACAGCAUCAGCGGCAGGCUUCUGUCGGUGCCGUCGUACCCGCGCAGUGCGGACCUUGCGCAGAGCACGCUGACGCUUCACGGGAACGUCGGCAGCGGGUCUGUCGUGAUGGACGGCACCGUUGCGCUCGGGGGCGCCGGCCGAAGGUUCGUCGUGGGGUGCCUGACGCUCAACGGGCAGGCGCUGCAGCCGAUGGACUACAGGUCCGCCGGCAUCAUCGGGGAAUUUCGCCCCGUGGCGUGUGGCGUGUGCGACGCCGACGUGAGCUGCUUUGCUGCUGCGACGAGGGCGAUGUCGGGGUCGUGCCGCUGCCGCUGUGCUGAGGGCGGGUACGGGCGUGACUGCCUGCCGGUGUACCUGCCGCGCGUGGACGGGUGCAACCGCACGUCUGGCAUGCCUCUGCUGAGCCACACGGCGACGCUGACGGAGACGCGCAGUCUGACAACAACGUGGACGGCGACGCCGAGACCAACACCGAGCCUGAGCACGGCGCACUACAGUCCGACGCAGUACGGGCCGACGGAGACCCUGCAGAUGACGGAGACGGUGGCGCUGUCGCCCACGCGGACCCCGACAGCGUCGGUGAGCAGCACGCUGUGGUGGAGCGAAGUGGCGUGCCCGACGCUUGCCGUGACGACGACGGCGGCUGGUGGGAGCCUGACGCAGAACGACAUCCGCGGCGGCGGGAGCACCGUCCCGACGCUGCUGAUGGUGUCGCUGCCGCCGCCGUUUCGUUGGGCACGCGAUCCGCAGCUCGGCACGCACCUGAGCUUCGUGCCGGUGUCGACGGCGCAGCCGAGCGGGUUUGGCGGUCCGUGGGGAGCGAUGCUGAGCAACGCGACGUGGGUGCGCAACGCGACGAAUCCGUCCACCGUCCUGGAGCUGGCUGUGCCAGUGCACCGCGGUUACUUCACUGCUGCCGACGAGACGAUAGUCAUUCGCUGCGACGCUGCGGCGGUGUUCGGGGGCUGCAAGGUUGUGCUGCUUGGGUCCUUCACGAUCAGGUCCAACACGCUGCCCGCCGCUGCCAGCGCCCUCUCGGCGAUCACCGGUGUCGUUGCGGGUGCGGCGGCUGUUGCCGUGGUGGUGACCGGCGGGCUGGGCUCCAUCCUGGAGAUGCAGGCACUCGGCGUGUUUGCGAGGAUUUCAUGCGCCUCGGCGCAGGAGCGUGCGAGCACCGUUGCGCUGCCGUACUUCCUGUCGGUGUUCGCUGCCCUUGACCCGCUGUGGAUGGUGGUGGGCAACGCGCUGCUCGCCGCUGUGUUUGGGUGCGUGCACUGCGGUGUGACGGCGGCCUUCCAGCGGUGGCGCGGCGUGGACGCGGCGAGUGCGUGGGCGGCAAUGCGCUUCCCGAGCCUGACGUACGUUGUGGCGCACGCGAUGCACCUCGGCAUCUUCUUUGGCUCUGUGUUUGCACUGACAAUGCCCGGCGCCCGCGUGCAGCACCACGUGGUUGGUGUCGUUGGCGUGCUGUACGGUGUGGCGUUCCCUGCUGGCGUGUGCUACUUCAUUGCCCGCCACGUGGGCGCGAGCUUCGAGAGGUACUGGCAGUUUUCGAGGAAGCCGCUGCACGAGCGCCUGCUGUACCCCGUCGGGUAUUGGCACCCCGCGGCGCAGCAGCGGAUGUACGGCGGCAUGCUGACGAACAUGAGGGGCAGCCACGUGUACUGGUGCGUGUUCCAGCUGUCGGCGCUGUGCGUGGUGUGCCUGAUUGCGGCUGUGCACCCGCCCGUGGGAGGCUGCCACGUCCAGUACUUCUGCAUGGCGGCUGUGCUGAUUGCGGGUGCGGGCGUGGUUGCCUUCACGAACAUGAUGCGCUCGGCCUUCCUGACGGUGAUGCACGCGGCGAGCUUUGUGCUCCUUGCGGUGCUUUGUCUGGUCAGCGCGGCGAACCACCUUGCGCCGAGCGACGGCGGUGCGAGGGCGUACGUGGCAACCGUGCUGCUGCUGACCGCGGUGCUGCUUGCGAUCGCUGUGUACAGCAUGGUUGUGUGGUACGCGGAGGACCGCCACUGGCAGGAGCUGCGCGAGCCGCGGCGUGGCGGACUGGAGGCGCUGCUGCGCGAUGACGAUGGGAGCGACGAAGAGGCGCGGAAGCCCCACGAAAUGACGUCAUCGUCGUACGCCUCAGGCACCACCGGCGCGUCGUCGUACCGACCACCCGCACCGCCGUAG